UUUAGCAAAAAAAAUCCUUCUUCGCUUGAACCCAGCAUACAUUACGCUACUGAUGGGGAUGCCUACAUAAAGCUAGAUAAUGGCAUUGCAAUACUUAUGCAUGUACACCUAGCUAGCUUGCUGAUCCUUAGCUCAAGCAAGAUAGGACACGAAGGUGGUAGCUAGGUCGCGAAAUUGUCAAUGGCUUCCGGUGGCUCGGUCGUCCAGGUGGUGAGCCGGCGCUUGGUGAAGGCCUCCUACCCGUCCAUCGAGCCUCACGUGCUGGCCUUCUCCAACCUCGACCUCUUCUCCAACGACGUACAAGGCUCUGUGAUAUGCGUCUACCCCAAGCCCGCCGGCUCCAGCGACUUCAGCGCCGUAGUGGCCACCUUCGAGGCCCACCUACCGCGUUAGCUCAACUACUUUUACCCUAUGGCUGGCCGCAUCGUGGUGGAUCCGAGCUCCGGCGUCCCCGAGUUGCACUGCUACAACCAGGGCGCUGAGCUCGUCGUGGGAAACGCGGGUGUGGAGCUGUGGAGCCUGGACUGGGGCCUCUCGGAGGGGUCCCUCAAGAGGAUCCAGCUGCCGCACGCCCAGGAGGUGGCGCUCUCGUUGCAGCUGGUGUCCUUCACCUGCGGCGGCUUCGCCGUUGUGUGGGCCACCAACAGCCUGAUCGGUGACGGGAACGUCGGGGCGAUGCUCGUGAGGAUGUGGUCGGAGCUAGUCCGCACGGGGAGCAUCUCCGGUGGAGCCCCCACCCAUGACCGCUCGGUGUUCGGCCCUCGUGACCCGCCGACGUACGGCCCAUCCGUCGCCGGGAUGUUCAUGCCGUGGGACCACGAGACCGAGGUGAACGCCCUGACUGCGGAGGAGAGCUUCGUGGAGCGUCUCUACUACGUGGAGGAGCGCGACAUCACCAUGCUCCGCGAGAAGGCGAGCAGCAUUGGGAGCGGCGUGCCCACGCGCGUCCAGGCCUUGUCCGCCUACCUAUGGAUGGCCCUUGCGGGCAUCGUGGGAACGUCGAAGCUGCCGCACGUGGAGGAGAGACGCUGCCGCAUGCUGUGGUGGAUCGACGGCCGGCAGCGGUUCUCGUCCCCCGAGCUCCGCGCCUCGCUGCGCGACUACAUCGGCACGGUCACGUCCUACGUGGUCGGGGACGCGGCGGUCGGCGCGGUGGUGGGCAAGCCGCUGGCGGGGGUGGCGGACAUGGUGCGGGAGGCCAUCACGUCGGUGGACUACGACGAGCUGUACCAGCAGAUGGUGGACUGGAUGGAGGUGCACAAGCCGGCUAAGUUCUUGGAGAGGUCCACCUUCGGGCUCGGCAGCCCUACGCUGGCUCAGACCUUCUGGUCCUCCUUCCCUGGCGACACCGACUUCGGAUUCGGCGAGGCCGCGCUGGCCAUGCCAGUCCACGCCAGCCUCCGCAGGCUCUGCUCAGGCUUUAUAUGCAUCUCUGCCAAGCCAGCAGACCCCGGGACGUGGAUUCUCAGCGCCUUCAUAUGGCCGCGCCUCGCGGCGGCGCUCGAGUCCGACGAGCAGCGGAUCUUCAAGCCUCUCACGGCGGAGUACCUUGGUCUCACCCGUGGCAAGUACCGGCUGCGAGCCGCCACCAGACCUCGGCUCUGAAUUCUUGUCAGGUCGAUUCGCAAUUGUGUGUGGUUUCC